UUUGUUGCAAGUUGACGGGUUCUUUGCCAAACUCCUCAAAAAUUAUUCAACCAAAAAAACUAAAUUUUCAACCAAAAAAUAAAAAUAAAAAUAAACAAUGAAUCGAUCAAACAUUGAAGAAGUCUACGAUUCUCUACUACAACCACAAUCGCCGCUGUAGAACAAUUUCUUUUGUAUCGGUUAUCUCAUAUGAACGCCGUCGUUUUACUCCAAAAUAUUAAUCUCUUCUGAACCCGAAGAAGAAGACGAAGAAAUGUCGAGUACGAUGAGGAGCGAGGCUAGCAGUAGCAGCAGCAAAACCCCAAAGGAAAGCGUCGUCGUUGAUUGGGGAAAACGUCGAAGCUCAUGUGGAUACUGUAAAUCCCCCCGUAACAAUAGCAUCUCUCACGGCAUGUGGGCACAUAGCCUUACAGUGGAUGACUAUCAAGCUCUGCUUGAUCGGGGCUGGAGAAGAUCUGGAUGUUUUCUUUAUAAACCAGAGAUGGAAAAAACAUGUUGCCCUUCCUAUACAAUCCGCUUGAAAGCAAGUGACUUUGCUCCCUCUAAGGAACAACUUCGUGUAUCUAAACGAAUACAAAGGUUUUUAGAUGGAACCUUGGAUGUUAAAAGAGUUGAUGCAAUGGACGAACCAAAUACUUCAAAAAAUAUGGAAAACCGUGUCCAUAAUAACCUCUCAUGCUCCAUGUCAGAAGAAUCUCUAUCUGUUAGCAACAAAGAGGUGGAUGAAGUUGAAAAAUGUUUGCGUUACUUAUCAGAUCAGAUUGAUAAUGUAGUACACAUGUUCACUGAGAACGGGGAAUUUCCGUCUGGUAUUCAAUUACCAAAAGCUUCAGUCAGAAUGGUUUCACAAGGGAAAAAGAAGGUAUUAGCCGAUGGAUCUGGAGAUCUCUUAUAUAGUAGCAGUAUAGCUUUUCAAGUUGCUGCAUCUAUAAAUCGAGCACAGUCAAUAAACAAGGAUGAUAAUGAUUCCAAACCAUCGAUCGAUAGUGAGAAGGAGAAUGUAUCUUCUCCUAAAAUUAUUGCAGAAAAGUUGGUAGCAUAUUUAGAUUCAACAGGAAACAUUUCUGGUUUGUCUAUCAGGGCUUCCAAUGGACAUGUAAAUUUUUAUGCAUCUAGUAAGCAAGUUUCCCAAAAUGGAACUGUUCAAAAUGCAGCAAUUCCCAAAAAGUCUGGAAUGAAGCGUGAUAUUGGAGGAAAUUGUUUGAUUAGUCCACAACAUUGUCAGGUAAAAAAGCGUAAGCUUGAGAUCCGUUUGAACAGAUCCAGUUUUAAUCCAGAAGAAUAUGCUUUAUAUAGAAAAUAUCAGAGCAAAGUACAUAAUGAUAAACCACAAAAUUUCACAGAGAGCUCAUAUCGCAGGUUUUUGGUUGAUACUCCAUUAUUAUACGUUUCACACACCGGUGAUAGCACAGUCCCUCCAUGUGGUUUUGGCUCUUUCCAUCAACAAUAUUUAGUGGAUGGCCAGUUAGUGGCAGUUGGGGUUAUAGAUAUCCUUCCUAACUGUUUAUCAAGCAAAUAUUUGUUCUGGGAUCCAGACUUUGCCUUUCUAUCACUAGGCAAGUACUCUGCACUUCAAGAAAUUGGUUGGGUGAAAGAUAACCAGGUUUAUUGUCCUAGUCUCCAGUACUAUUAUCUUGGCUACUAUAUUCACUCUUGCAACAAGAUGAGAUACAAAGCUGCAUAUCGCCCUUCAGAGCUGUUAUGUCCUCUUCGUUAUCAGUGGGUUUCAUUUGACAUUGCAAGGCCUUUGCUUGACAGAAAGCGCUAUGUUGUCUUAUCAGAUGCUUCCACUUUACAAAAUGGAGAGUCAUCCCCACUUCAAGUUACUGAAGAUCAAGAUGCAACGUUAAGCCAGCUUGAUGACAGUGGUCAAGAAGAUGCAAAUGAUGUUCCAAUGCAUGAAGAUGAAGAAUUGGUUGAGUCUGAAUCAGAAAGCUCUGACGAUGAACCUGACCCACAACCUACUUCAUAUGGUGAACCAGAAAAUGGCGAUAUCAGCAAAGUUUUGCUAGGAAUAGAGGGAUCUCGCGUGAGAUACAAGGAUCUGCGAAGUGUGUUGGGUCCUGAGCAGCGGAGAUACUUGGAGCCACAGUUGCAGAAAUACAGGAGGGUUGUGAGUCCAGUGUUAUCUGAGCAAAUGGUCUAUUCUCUCGGUUAAUUUAUAUCUUGAAACUUGAAUCUAAUAACAUGCUACUGCUAUGCUCCCCAGAAAAUAAGACCGUGUGGUUUGCUGUUGGAGCUGAAUUUGAUCCUCGAUUGUCUCUGGAAUAACAUUUGCUGUUACAAUUAUGUGAAGUCUUCAAGUUUUUUGUUAAUGGUUUGUUUUAUUUAACAUGUCUGAUUUGUUCAUCAAAUUUCUUGCGCAAUUGCAUAUAUGGAAUUUAAUUUAAUGUGUGUAUCUCUUUGCCAACCUUAUUUGCUGAAUGUGGAAGGAUCUUAGAGUCCUUAGUUGAAGCACUAAUAUGGAAAUUUCUGCUAGUUUCAAGUUC